AUGUUAUUUUUAUAUAAAAACACCCAGGUAUGUUAUGGAGUAGAAUAUUUGCAUGGAUCUUGGAACUGGAGUUCAGGUCCUUGGGCCAUCAGAGUGUUGGGAGGUGAGAGGGUGGUGAUGGAUGGUGGCUUUCCGGGUUGCCCUCCUCCCUGGGUCAGGGAGCUGGCAUCUGCCCUGAGCUCAGAUGCCCUGAGGGCCUGGUCCCUUCCUGUUCUUCACCCAGUCACCAGCAACCUUGGUAGUUCACUUCAGGCUCACCCCACUUUACUCCGUUGCAUAGUUGGACAGGGAGGCUUCUCUGGUGGCUCAGUGGUGAAGAAUCCGCCUGCCAGUGAAGGAGACACAGGUUCAAUCCCUGGGUUGAGAAGAUUUCUUGGAGAAGGAAAUGGCAGGCCACUCCAGUAUUCUUGCUUGGGAAAUCCCCUGGACAGAGGAGCCUGGUGGGAUAGGGUUGCAAAAAGAGUCAGACCAGACUUAGUGAUUAAACAACACAGAGAGACAGAGACCGAGGCAGACAGGGGCCGAGGGCCAUGUGUGGGGGCACCGCCCGGAUCACAGGAGGCACCCCUGUCUGGCAUCUGCAUUGUCCUGAUGGCUGAGGGGCCUUAG